CAAAACGGGCAGAACAGACAGACGCCAUCUUGAUUCAGAAAUUACAUCUUGCACGCAGUUACAUCGAAAUUUUCAAAUUAAUUCAUUAUAAAAAUAUGUUUUCAAACGUGAUUUAAUCCUUAAAAUGAGUAUAUCUUUCUGUACGUGAGUUUACUCAAUAAAUUGUGCAACCUCAGUUGUCUCUAAGUCAUUAUCUACGAUAACCAAUGUGUUUAUGAAGAUAUAGUUUGGUAUGAUAGUCCAUGCUACAGUAGUAGCUGUGAAACAUGGCAAAGGAAAUAGCGGAAGAGUACGCGUCCAGCUUGGCGGAUCUGACCGUCAACAGCAAACCUCUGAUAAACAUGCUCACAAUACUCGCAGAAGAGAAUAUAGAGCACGCAGGGGUUAUCGUUGAAACCGUGGAGAAACAUUUGGAGAAGGUGCCUCCCGACAUCAAGCUGCCAGUUCUCUAUUUAGUUGAUUCCAUUAUCAAGAAUGUUGGAGGUGCAUACACUCAGAAGUUCUCCCAGAUCAUCGUUAACAUCUUCACUAAGACAUUCAAACAGGUAGAUGAAAAAGUACGUUCACAGAUGUUCAAACUUCGUGAGACUUGGCAUGAGGUGUUUCCGUCAAUGAAGUUGUAUCAGCUGGACGUUAAAGUGAAUCUAAUUGAUCCCGCUUGGCCGAUUCAAGCUCAACCCCAACAGUCUAACAUCCAUGUAAAUCCAAAUUUUCUGAAAAAGGCGGCGCCCACGACGAGCGCGGCGCCGCUGUCGGCGGACGAGGAGCGCAUGCGCAGCGUGCUCGCCAAGAAGGAGCAGGAGCUGCUCAUGCUGCAGAGGAAGAAGGUCGAGAUGGAACUCGAGCAGACCCGGCGGCAACUGCAGCUGGCGGAGAAGAAUUCUAAAAUGCCUGUCGCGCCACCCGUGCGCCCCACGCCCACGCCCACUCCGACGCCCGCGCCGGCCGUCACCGCCGCGCCCACGCCCACGCCUGCCCCCACGCCCGACCCUCCGCUAUCCGUCAAACAGAGGCUCGGACCGCCCGUGCACCGGCCGGCGAGCCGCAUCGCGCCCGUGAGCGGCGCGCUGGCGGGCGCGCGGCGCGACCCGCGCCUGGCGCGCCGCCCGCCCGCGCCGCCCGCGCGCCCCGCGCCCGCCGCGCCCGCCGCGCCCGCCAUCGCGCCCCACGUGUUCGACAUCAAGCCGCUCGAGCGCGACGUCACCGUCACCAAGCGCAAGAACGUCAUCACCAUCGACGUGCGCGGCGACGCGGCGCGCGCGCGGCGCCGGCCCGCCGCGCCCGACGCCGCGCUGGACGCGUACGUGGAGCGCCUGCGCCCGCCCGCGCGCCUGCCGCCCAUCCCCAAGCUGAGCCGCAAGGAGCCGGAGCGCAAGAAGCGGCGCGACGCGGCCGACGCGGGCGACGCGGGCGCGGGGGCGGCGGCGGCGGCGGCGGCGGCCGAGAAGCGCGCGCGGCGCGGGCGCGAGCGCAAGCCCAAGGCGCGCGCGCGGCCGCCCGAGCUCGUGGCCUUCAAGGAGCUGCGCAACUACCACAAGGAGCGCUACAUGCGCCGCAAUAAGGAGAAGUCGGAGAGCCCCGAGAGAUCGGACGGGAUCCCGGCCGAGCCCGUCGGAGAGCCCGCAAAUCCACCAGAGGUAGUUCCAGAGAAUAAAGAUAUCGAUCUACGGGUAUUGCACCCCGUUAUUACAGAAAAAUCUGCACCUAUUGCUCAGAAAAGAUCGUCUACUGAGGCACUAGAGGGAAAAGUUAAGAAAAAUAAACAUGAAAAGUUUGAUAUUCUCUUUGGAAACGAAGACGUAGAUCUUCGUAAAUUACCUCAAGUAGAGGAAGUAAGCGCUCCUCCGCCGCCAUCAAUAACCGAGAAUAACUCAAAUUCGACGAACAAGUUAGACCCUGAAGACGAAGAAGACGAUAUAAUUUCUCCUAUUAGAUCACCGAGGAAAGAUUGGCAGGAAGUAAAAGAAAAAGAGGAAACAAAGAAAACUCCAUCAAAAUUGGAUCUCGUUAGAGCGAAGUUAGCAGAAGCUACAAAGGGGAAGGAUGGUCUUGGGCGACCUUUAUUAUUCAGUAAAUCACCAAGUGUAGAAAAAGAACGACGUCGUACAUUUAGUUCAGAAGAACCGGACGCAAGAACCGAUAACGUAGAAGAUUUUGAUGCAGAAGAUCAUAAAAAAACAAUAUCUAUAAUUAUGAAUCAGGCUAAAGAACAAUUUAGCGACGGUGAGCUAGACAAGAACCAAUAUAAUGCAUUAAUGUAUCAAGUUCUUCAACUCAAUGAAAAGUUAAAGCUUAAAGAAGCUAAGCAAAGAGAAUCUUUGGAAGUAUCUAAGAGAAAACUGAAAGCACAUAUACAGGAAGAAAAUAAAGUCUCCUCUCCAAGAAGUUCACCAUCAGAAAGAAAUAAUUAUGGGGAUAUUGAUGAAAGAAUAACACCGGCUCCGUUUAUGGAUACUGCGCCAGAAAAUCAAAAUCAUCAACGUCAAGAUUCAGAUAUGAGGAUGCACAACGGGGACCAUAUGGAUGGUGGCAAUUCUAUGUUUCCUUUACCGCCUAUGAUGCCUAUGUUUAUGGGACCCUACCCAAGAUGGAGAGGACAGCCCAGGCCAAGAAUAGAAGAGUUCGGAAUGCGUCGUUUCAGAGGUCCGGUUCCUCCAUACUUUAGAGGAAAAUUUGAUAAAAGAGGACCACGCCCACCUUUUGAACCGAGAAUGCCUCUUCUUCCGACUCCAAAAGUAGGCAUGUGUCAGGGAGAUUCUCCACUUCAGCCUUACGAGAGAUCAACGUCGCCACCUCCACUCGGCGCCCCAGGAUACAAUCUCCCACCUACUGAUUUUAAAAUUUUAGAAUACAUUGAUCAAGAUCCUGUUAAAACGAUACAAAUUGACAAUAUUCCUCGAGAAAUUCGAUUUUACGGUGAAACUGCAAUUAUUAUGUUGGAUUGGGAUGACCCACGUGAAAUAAAGUUCUUGCCAGGCUCCAGGAGAGUUACCUUUGAUAAUAAAGACUCGGUUGUUUUAUCUUUUAACGAAGGCUACAAACAAGUUGAAAUUGAUGAUCAAGUUUUCGAUAUUCGGUUCGGAGCCCCUACCAGAGAAUUAUAUAUAAAUGGUCGAUGGUACGAAUGUUUCUUUGGUGGUCAGCCUUUAGGAGUGAUAAUUGACGGUAAGCCUCGCUUAAUACAUCUGGAGGGACCUUUGCCUAAAGUAGACAUUGGUAAAACUAAGCGAACUGAAUUAGUAGCUGGAAAAAUUAAUCUAAUUGUGAACGCAACUAAUAUUUGUCCUGUAUAUUUGGAUGCAAAAGUACAAAAGUUUCACGUCAAUGGUCAAUUCUUUACAAUUCGCUUCGUCGAUUCGCUGCGUACUGUUCUUAUUAAUGAGCAGCCAUUUAAAGUUGACUUUGGUGAUCUCCCAAAACCAAUAUUCGUUGGAGGGGAAAAAUACUUCGUGCGUUUUUCUGCUUUGCCUAAGAACAUUAAGCCUGGUCAAAUAGAGAUUGUAGAUAUGGAGGGUACUGUUCUACCAAUCAGAAAAGAACCCGCUGUGACGCAAGAAAACGAAGAUGAUACACAGGAAGUGAAAGUAGAAGAACCAUUAGAAACAUCUCAAGAAUCGCCCAGUCCUGAAGUUGAAAUUAAAGGUCUCGACAUGUUAGCCAGUUUAAUGCCGACCAGUAUGGCACCAGCAUCCAGUUCCGAAUACAGCUCCGCGGAGCCGUUAUUCGCCAAGUCGGAUAGCAAAAUUCCGGGUCUCGAAUCGACCCCAGAAGAAAAACCGGCUAAUUCCUUACCACUGCUCGGGACGAUCAACGUCAACGAUCUAUAUGCCAAGCUGGUAGCCACCGGCAUAGUCCCGAUGUUGAACGACGCCAAACCGGAGACGAAGCACGAAAAGACCGAGGAUGUCAAACCUAAACCUAAGGAAGACAAAAAUGUCAUCCACAGAGUCGACUUACUCAAAUCUGAAACACUGAGAGUCAAGCAGAGCGGCAUCGUGGCCAAGCUGUACGGCGGCAUGCAGUGCAGCGGCUGCGGCGCGCGCUUCCCGCCCGAGCACACCGUGCGCUACUCGCAGCACCUGGACUGGCACUUCCGCCAGAACCGCCGCGAGCGGGACUCCGCGCGCCGCGCGCACUCGCGCCACUGGCACUACGACCUGUCCGACUGGCUGCAGUACGAGGAGCUGGAGGACCUGGAGGAGAGAGAGAAGAGCUGGUUCGAGACGGGCGCGGCGGAGGACGGCGAGGGCGCGGGCGAGGCGGAGGAGAGCCCCAGCGUGGCGGCCGGCGCGCCGCAGCACCACUGCGCGCUGUGCGGGGACCGCUUCCAGCAGUUCUACAACGAGGACAAGGAGGAGUGGCAUCUGCGGAACUCCGUGCGCCACGACCUGCUCUACUACCACCCGCUGUGUCUGCAGGACUAUAAGGCAUCUCUAACAAAGGAGGAACCGCCUAAGGAAGAAAUACCAAUGGAAACUUCCAUGGAAGAAGAUAAAACGAUUGAGGCCAUCGAGAUAAAGGACGACGAUGUGAGAGUAGACGAUGCGGAUGAGUCCGACUGCGAGUCUGUUGUCGAGGUCGUUGAGCCGGAGGUUGAGCAGACGGAACCUCUUGAGAUCGACGAGGGCGAUGAAGACGAUGUAGUGCUAAAGGCAGAGCCUGUGGAACAAGUUGUUGUUGAGGACGUGGAUACGGACGACGAGACCGCCGCAGAGCGAGCCAGCCGUGACCAAAAGGCGGAGGUUGAUUUUGCUAAUAUCAAGAUCAAACAGGAACCUGUUGAUCCCGAUGACGAACCAAUAAUUACAGCAGAGGUUGAAAGCAUAAUGCCGCCGACAAUCGAUACUGCGCCUCACAACACGGUGAUGUCAUCGAUCGACGGCAAUAUGCAACUCGAAGACGCCACUUCCGCGCCGGUUUUUCCACUCGGAGGGAUCCGCAUCAACAUUUCAAAAUCUAUACCAUCAUUUGUCAAUAAUCAGGAAGAAAAAAUACUGGAGGACGUAAGUGUAGAUGAUGAACCCUUACCUCCUGGUGAGGAACCAGAGUUGGAAUACAAAUUGAAACCGUCACUCGAAGGCGUACAUUUGAGUCGGCAGCCGCCAGUGCAGAAAGGUAGUGAAUUGUCAGGGUUGUGCUCCAUUAUGUAAAUGAAAAGUGUUCUGUAGUAAAGUGAUUGUAAUUAACUAGAAAGUGAGUGAACUCAUGUGGACUGAGAAUAGUGUGUGUUAUGAGGAUUUGCGACAAAGGAAUUGAUGUUAACUAUGUCACUGCCUAAGAUUGUUUACUUGAUUAGGGUACAAUGUUUGAAGAUUAGAAAAAUGUUGGGACUUGUUUUGAUCCAUUUGUUUAAUUUCUUAGCUUUUGAUGUUGAAAUAUUGAAAAAAAAACAUAAUUAACUUGAUUUUCAAAUGUUUGAAUCUAAUUACAUGUAUAACAAUAUGUAAUUAGAUUCAAAUGAAAAUAUGCUCAAAAAAAAAACAACAUUUACUCAGUAGUACUUUGGUGGACAUAAGAUAUAGUAAUUUAAUUAUUAUGAAUAAUAUUGAUUAUAUUAUAAUUUAUCUUCAAAACUUAGUUUCCUAAACUAAAUAAAUUAGCUUCUCUUUUAUAGUAAGUAGCAUUUCCCAACUAUCUACUAAAUAAAAAUUUAAUAUUGAACCUUAAAACCUUUAUCUUACUCUUUAAUAGUAAAUAGAGUUUCGUACAUUAUUAAUGUAACUUUACGAUUUUAAAAUAUUGUCCACUAAUGCUGCUGAAAAAUGAAAACCCAAAAAUUUAAUUAAUUAAUUUGAUAAAUUGUAUGUACUUCUAACAUAUUGUAAGUAAACAAUUACCAUUAUGUUAAACAAUGUGAUAUUAAAAUUAAGAUAAUUACAUAUACAUUAUUAAAUGUGUGUGAAUCGUUUUCUUUUAUAAGACAAUGUGCUAUCACAGUUUAUAUUAAGAAUGUGUAAAUAGAUGUUGUAUAUAAUGUUUGUAUUUUGGUUGUGUAACUUAUGUAUAAAGUAUUUACAUUUGUAUGGUAUUAAGUUAGGUAAAGGAAUCUCUUGUUAUAGUUUUCCUUUAAAAAAAUCCAUUGAUUAAAAACAUGAAUGUGGGACACCACCGAAAAUAGCAUUCGAAUUUUUAAUAAAUUUCACAAAUAUGUGACUUGUUUUAUUUUAAUCAAAAAUAAAUUCUUUUCAUUUUCACAAGCCUUGUUUAUUUUUUUAAAUUUAAGUACCACUAUGUUUACUUUUCAAAUAAAGGUAAUUUUAUGAA